GUUUUUGUUUGCAGCAAUGUGAUUAUUUCUGUGGUGGAAAGGUUUGUCACAGGUGUGAGAAGUUUCCGCCUUCCCCUGCUCCUCCUCCAGUCCGUAAUUAGCGGCUCCCGAUGUCGGGAUGUCUCUGGCCAGGGUGGGUCACCCUGCCACGCACCGCUACUCGAGCGAGACAGCGCUGGGACGGCUCGGGUUCCCUGCCUGCGGGGUAGAGCGCAAACUCCUGCAAGUGAGAAAGAGAGAGCCAGGCUGCCUCGGGAGAGCAGGCGCUGGCUGGAGAGAGAAAGCUCAGGAUGCCCAGCUGCCUCCUAAAGCUGACCAGGGUGGUGCUGAGUCACAAGACCUGUGCCCUGUUUAUCCUCAUCUUUGUUCUAGUAUCCCUUGCCUACCACAAGCUGUACUGGGGCAUCGGGGAGGACCCAAAGAGCAGCAGCCCCACCUCCGGCUUGUUUGCUGAUAGGAGCUGUGCUCACUAUGUGCCUUCUGCCCUCAACAUGGCUGGUGGGCCCUCUCCUUCCGCAGGAAAUGUGUUUUUUGUGGAGACCUCGGAGCAAACUGCCCCAAGUUACCUGUUCUCGUGCUCCGUGGAGUCAGCAGCCAGGACACACCCUGCAUCAAGAGUCGUGGUGCUCAUGAAAGGCUUGGCCAAAGGGAACGGCUCCUUGCCCAAGCACUGGGCCUUCUCCUUGCUCAGCUGCUUUCCCAACGUGGAAAUCCUGCCCCUGGACUUGACAGAGCUCUUUUCUGGAACACCUCUGGCACAGUGGUUCCUGCAGCCUCAGCGGCAACAGGAGCCUCAUUUUUUAGCUGUACUCUCUGAUGCCUGCAGAAUUGUCCUCAUGUGGAAAUUUGGUGGCAUCUACCUGGAUACAGACUUCAUCGUGCUUAAGAACUUACAGAACCUCACCAAUGCCCUUGGACUUCAGAGCUACGAUGAACUUAAUCAAGCCUUUCUGUCCUUUGAGGCCAAGCACAAGUUCCUGGAGCUUUGCAUGCAGGACUUUGUGCAGAAUUACAAUGGCUGGGUCUGGGGGCACCAGGGCCCAGAGCUCCUAACUCGUGUCUUCAAGAAGUGGUGCUCCCUUGGGACUAUCACGAGCAUGAGCUGCAAAGGUGUGAAUGCUCUUGCCCAAGAAGUUGUUUAUCCUAUUCCCUGGCAGGACUGGAAGAAGUUGUUUGAGGCAGUCAGUGCCUUGGAGCUUCAGAUACUCCUUAAGAACACCUAUGCAGUGCACAUAUGGAACAAACUGAGCCACGGGACCAAGUUAGAGAUCCCCUCCCAGGCUCUGCUGGCUCAGCUCUAUUCCCAGUUCUGCCCUGCCACCUACGCAAAGAUGAAGCAGGACUCUGAAGAGUUGUCAAGGCCUGCAGUGUGACCUGGGGCCCUUGGCUGCAGGGACAUUCCCCAGUCUGGAGGAAACCGAGUGCCUUUGACCUUCCCCAGAGUUGCUUUCUACACCCCAGAGCAGCUGUGCGACUGCUCUGUGCUUCUGUACCUGACAUUGCUGAUAUCUGCCUCUGAUCCCCUGUGUUUCAAAUUUACAGCAGAACCUGACUGCAGCCUCUCUUGCAGUCCUAUACGAGACCUGUUGCUGCAGGGAAGGUUGAACUCCUUCAGCAGCAUCUCUCAGCUGGUCCAUUCUUGGUGUUGUCCAAUGGCUCCUCCUGUGAAUCCCAGCCUGAGCAGCCCCUUGUGAUUUUUCCACAACUGUAGGGAUCAUUGGCUUGCUCUCAGUAGCGUUUCUGACUUUGUCCAUCACUGCCAGUCAGUGACAGAGGUCACAGAUUGUUGGGGCUCAGAUCAGAAUUCCCUGGUUGGCAAAGAUCCUUACCAUGUGGGAAAACAGAUGAAGUGCCUAUGAAAUUUGCUUUAAGAAGCAGAAAACUGUUUAGAUCUGUGUGUGGCUCACUGUGAAGUUGUUCUAAACUUCUGAAGUGACGGAAGUUCAAAUUAUGCUUCCUACAGUUUCUUAAUCCACAGCAGUGGGAUGACAUGUCUGGGAUGCCUCAGGAAAAGAAAUUGGCAAAAGCAGUUCUUUGAGGUGCAGAAAUUAUGAAUAUCCUUGGUCUGCUGAAGUAGUUCUUGUGGGUACCAACAUCUAAGCAGCCAUUGUCACACUCUGAAGGAGCUCAGCAUUUCUUGUUUCUGCAGUGCUGUGAGGAGGAUUACA